AUGUCAAAGAAGGACAACAGAACAGGGAGGAGGAUUUUUGCUGAAGAUCCAUCCUGGAACGUACCCUUAGUGCCAUGUUUAUCAAAACUGUGUCUGCAAACUAUCAUGAAGAACUUUGAGAAGACGCCCAUAUUCAACGCUCUGAAAGCCAGCGAUAAAGACGAAGUGCAGGAGAGGCUGUCUACCUCCCUUCCCUUGACGGUGACAGCCAACCUGAUCCCUGAUGGAGUCUACUGGAAGCGAUGCUGCGAGGGGCGGUGGGACAUCUGUGACGUCUCUCAUUACGGCCACAGCUGGAAGAGAAUGUUCUUUGAGAGGCACAUAGAGAACAUGAUUGAACAUUUUAUCCCAGAAGAGACAAGGAGAGACACGGUUCUAGAGAUGGUGCCACUUUGUAAGAACUUCGUCAAGAGGUUGGAAAUCUCCCAGCUCCUGCCACCUAUCAGAGAGUCCCAGGAUGAGGGAAAAGGGUAUGGCUUCAAUUUGGAAAGCAGAAAUGUGUAUAAUGCAUCCAUGAACCACUUUAACUUUAACAUCCUGCUCAGUGGUCUGAAGAAUCUGGAGGAGCUUCAUCUGGUAUCCGGGGUCAAACAACAUGGUAUGUUGGAGAUGUUUGCUUUGACUGACAGAGAUUGUAAAUGCCUUGCUAAAGCCCUAAAGUCCUGCCGGUCUUUAAAGCUUUUCAGACUCUAUGUAAGCCACAUUGAUGACAAUAAGUGCCAGAUACUUGUGAAGCAGCUUCUGCACCACCCGUCCCUGAUUGAGCUCGACUUUUCACACAACCUGAUCAGAGACAAUGGAGCCAUAGCUGUCGCUGAACUCCUCACCAAGAGUAAACUGCAGACCCUGACCAUGUAUGACAAUAAAAUAGGAGACCAUGGAGCCAAAGCCAUAGCAAAUUCCUUGUCCAAGAACUCUACCCUUUUGUCUCUCAAUCUGCGUCUGAACCAUGUCGGAGAUGAGGGAGGUCAGGCUAUGGGGAAGGCAUUGAUGAAAAACAACACCCUACUUCACCUGAACCUAGGAGGUAAUGUGGUGACUGAGUUUACCGCCAUUGCAUUGGCUAAGAUGAUUGCUCAGAAUAAAACCUUGAGGAGCAUCAACCUCUCAUGCAACAACCUGGGUGUGGAUGGAGGUAAAACUCUGGAGGCAGCAAUGUCUUCUAACACCACACUGGCAGAGUGUGAUGUCCGUCUGACAAACGUUGAGGAUCAGAGUGCCUCUUUCAUAAACAAGGCUGUCUGGACCAAUGAGCGCACAGAAAGAAGAAACAAAGCUAAGAAGGAAAUCUGCAAGAAUGACCUGGAGGUAGAGAGGCAGCUGGAAUGGGAUAAGAGCAGGUCCAUGUAUGAACCUGUGAAGGUUCCUAUAUAG